AAGGCAGUGAUGGAUCUGGUCGGGCUUUUCAAUGGAAUUUGAAAAUUAGUGAAAAACCUCUCACCCAAAUUCGAAAAUGUUCUGAAACUCUCAUCUUUCUCUGUUUCUAUUAUUAUGAUGCUUCUUUCUUUUCCCUUUAGAUGCUGAGGGAGAUUGCGAGAGACAGAAGUUGAUGAGAUCAGUCUGUUACGACGCAUGUAUUGAUUUGCUGGUCUUGGAGCUCUACGCUUGACUUCUUAAAGAAAGUAUUACACUUUGAGAAAGAAUUUGUUUUGAAGACCAGAAUUAACAAUGCUGGGUAUUGUCGUUAGCAGUUUGCUCGCUAUAGAGAAGAAGAGCACGACGAAAGUUUUCUCAAAAAAGGUUCAGAAGCUCUGGAAUGAAUGGGAGCUCCGAGUUUUGGUUCUUCUUAGCCUCCAGUUACAAGUCAAUCUUAUCUUCUUGGGCAGCCGUAGAAAGUACACUACUAGUGUUUGGGUGCGGAUCAUUCUUUGGUUAUCUUACUUGUCUGCAGACACCGUAGCAACUACUGCCCUUGGUGCUCUUUCUCAUGGUCAAGGAGAGCCCGGCAGCACUGAUCUAACGGCUCUCUGGCACCAUUUCUGUUGUUGCACCUUGGUGGUCCCGACACUAUCACUGCUUACUCCUUAGAUGAUAAUGAAUUGUGGCUCAGACACUUUCUUGUACUAGUCCAACAAAUUGGUAUUGCUAUAUAUGUUUUGAUCAGGUCCUGGAGUUAUAGCCAAGUCUCCAUUCUCACGGUCUUCAUGUUUAUCCCUGGAGUACUCAAGUAUGGGGAAGGGACAUGGGUUCUCAAGUUGGCAAGUAAAGAUAAUUUCAGAAACUCUAUGCUUGAUCCUCCAGAAGCAGGCCCUGAUUAUGUCAAAUUUAUGAAUGAUUAUGAUUCUAAGCAGGCCAAAGGGUCCCGAGUCACGGUGGGAAGGAUUGAAGAUUUUGAGUUGCAAAUUGAUGAAGAAGCUCAACAGAAACCAAAUCCUUCACAUGGUAGAGCAAGUAACCAACUCAAUCUUCCCGAUGUAGAGGCUUUGCCCAAAGCAUAUGAAUUCUUCGAGACAUUUAAGCGUCUCUUCGCGGAUCUCAUCCUAACUGGUGACGACUGGAAGAAGAGCAGAUUGUUCUUCCAAGAGAGCUCAUCAAGAAGAGCUUUUAAAGUGAUCGAAGUGGAACUAGGGUUCAUGUGCGAUUUACUCUACUCAAAAGCUGCCUUGAUUUAUUCCACUGUAGGCCUUGUUUUACGUUGCAUCAGUGUCUUGUCUAUUAUCACUCUCCUUGUGGCCUUCUUGAAGGGUGUUAACCAUCGUUACUCGCAUGCGGACAUAUUCAUAACUCAUAUCUUGUUCAGUGGAGCAUUUAUACUGGAGAUUUAUGCCAUCUUCAUUCUGAUUUCUUCUGACUGGGCAUUCCUUUGGAUAAAGAAGCACAAUCCGCAAUAUAUACCACUGGUAGUAUCAGAUGCUUUGAAGAAAAGAUCGUAUUCCAGGAAAAGGUGGUCUAAUUUAGUGGCACAAUAUAAUUUUAUAAGUGUUUGUGUGAAAGAUAGACCACCCAAAAUAUUACCUAAAGUUCAGAGGCUCCUCCGUAUUGACAAGUUACUAGAAAAAUACUAUUACAAAUACUCGAAGGAAGUCCUCUUCAAGUCCAAAGAAAUAAUCUUUGAAGAGCUUAAGAGAAAAUCAAGAAAAGUUGCGAAGAUUGAGGAUGUCAAGAAUUUGUGUACAAGUAGAGGUGAUGAUGUACUUGGAAAUAACAGUCAUCUCCGGGAGAAGCUUCAGUGGAGUCUGAAUGAUGUAGAAUUUGAUCAGAGCAUUCUUCUAUGGCACAUUGCUACAGAUCUUUGCUACGAGUGCGAUAAUAAUAUUUCUCCUUUCACAGAAUUGCAUCGUGAAACAAGCAAGUUAUUAUCAGAUUAUAUGUUGUAUCUUCUUAUAAUGUGUCCUUUUAUGUUGCCUGAAGGGAUUGGGCAAAUCAGGUUCAGAGAUACUCGUGAAGAAGCUGAGAGGUUUUUUAAAGAGACAGAUUCGAAAUUCGACAAAAUUAAAGCUUGUGAGAAGUUGCUUGAGGUGAACACAGAAAUUCGACCUGUUGAAGUGAAAGGAGAUCAAAGCAAGUCUGUACUAUUUGAUGCAUGUAGGCUUGCAAAAUCUUUGCAAUCAUUUGAGGGAGAGAAGUUUGAUAAAUGGGAGAUAAUGAGUAAUGUGUGGAUCGAGAUGUUGUCUUAUGCUGCUGGUCAAUGUAGAGGAACUAACCAUGCACAACAACUCAGAAGAGGUGGGGAAUUUAUCACUCAUGUAUGGCUUCUAAUGGCACAUCUUGGUAUUGCACAACUAUUUCAAAUUUCACAAGGGCAUGUGAGAGCCAUGUUGAUUUCCGGGUAGCUAGGCUAGAAGAAGUCACUAAAUAAUUUCCCUGUUAUUUUUCAUAUUCAUGUAAUAUCUGCCAUUAUUAAUGUUCUUAAAGCUAGAUUGUCUCAUCAUUCUCG